AUGGCAGCCAAACGAAAGGCAGCGGAAGAAGCUCAGAGGCAGCUGAAACGGAUACAUCUGUCUGAACCGGCAGACCACGAUGAAAUACCUGACCCUGAUCCCGACUGUGAUUCCUCCAUCUUUGACGAAGAUGCACACUCCGACCAGGAACUCCAUCCAACACCGUUAACACCUUUUUCACCCGCGUCUUCCAAGUAUCCGUCGGAGCUCAAGAAACACCUCUGUCCCUAUACCAACUGUAACAAGGCUUUCAAUCGUCCGGCACGCCUUACCGAGCACCUACGCUCACACACGAAUGAUCGCAUAUUCGUCUGCACCUACGAGGGGUGUGAGAAGAACUUUCUACGGGUCUCCCAUCUCAAUCACCACGUUAAGAGUGCACAUACCCUUAUACGAGAUUAUGUUUGUGAGCGGGAAGGGUGCGGAAAGGCAUUUGCCACGGGUUCAAGGCUCCGGAGACAUAUUGCUGCCCAUGAAGGACGUGAUAAAUAUACAUGCACAGAACUCAACGAAGAAGGGGGGAAACAAUGUAAAGAGACAUUCCGGAAGCAUUCAACGCUGUUGAAACAUGUCAUGACUGUCCAUUUAAAGAAACGGCCGUUUCCAUGUCAAGCUAUACUGGAAUCAGGGAAGACCUGUACCGCUGCGUUUGAUACCGCAGGCCAUCUGAAGGCCCACGAACGGAGAGUUCAUGGGGAGGCUCGAUUUACCUGUACGGAAUGCAUUGGCAACAACGAAGGCGAAGGGAAAGAGAGAGAUGGAAAUGCAUUCAACUUUGCAACCUAUGCUUUGCUACAGUCUCAUAUGCGUUCUGUGCAUCCUCCAACCUGUCCGACCUGUGCUCAUAUUUGCUCAUCGGCUAAGGAUCUACGUCGACACAUAGAGAUAUCGCACGGGACUGUCUCUGUGGAUGAUCGUCGAGCGUAUCCCUGUCAGCAUCCAGGGUGCGGACGUAGCUUUACGAAAAAAGGCAAUCUCAACGUCCAUGUUAAGACAGUGCACGAAGGCGAGAAGCGCUUUGCAUGUGGCGAGACGGAUCUUUCUACGUCCAAGAAGGUUAGUGGAUGGAAUGGAACAGAUGCCUGCGGGAAGCGGUAUGGGAGUAAACUCGCUCUGGAAGAGCAUGUGAGAACCGCCCAUAUGGGAUUUCGCAAUGCUAGGGCUGAAAGGAAGGCAAGAGCCGGCAGCCGUUCUGCGGCCAACUUAGAAUCUGGAUUGACACACAUGGGCCCAUCAAACGUUGCUCUGCUCACUGGUCAGGGAUACGCGGAAGAGUCUGUUAACCGCCAGAUACCGUGUCUACUGGCGGAGUGUGAACAUAGGUUCUAUCGUGACUACGAUCUCUGGCUACAUAUGGGUGCGAAACAUUGUAUGGAUGAAAAUGAGAUACAGAUUCUCUUCAUGCAGCGAGCUAUGCAGGGUGGGAAUGACAGUUUUGCCCGACUUUCAUUUGAAUAUGAGAUGGACAUGAUGCGUGGCGAUGAAGUCAGCGGCGGUGGCAGCGGCGGUGGCAGCGGGCUUAUCGACCCAGAGGGCAUGUAUGCAUAUCCUCAACCCGACGCUAGCGUCGAUGAGAUCAUGGCAAGCCACGAUGAGGGCCAGGAACGAGAGAGGGACGAUCGUCUAGGCGGGUUGGGCGACCUUGUUGACCCGCUUCUGACGUAUACUUCCCUAGAGUCCUGA